AUGGAAAGAGUCAACAGCACAUCGUUGACUGAGUUCAUUCUCACAGGAAUUCCCUACCCACUCAGACUAAGGACAUUUCUGUUUGUGUUCUUUUUGCUAAUCUACAUCCUGACUCAGCUGGGAAACCUGCUCAUUCUAGUCACUGUCUGGGUAGACCCGCAGCUCCAUGCCCGUCCCAUGUACAUCUUUCUUGGUGUUCUCUCCGUCAUUGACAUGGGCAUCUCUACCAUCAUUGUCCCCCGCCUCAUGAUGAACUUCACUCUAGGCAUCAAACCCAUCCCCUUUGGCGGCUGUGUUGCUCAACUCUAUUUCUAUCACUUUUUGGGUAGCACCCAGUGCUUUCUCUAUACCUUGAUGGCCUACGAUAGGUACCUGGCAAUAUGCCAACCCCUGCGCUACCAUAUUCUCAUGAAUGCUAAGUUGAGUACCUUGCUUGUGACUGGAGCUUGGGUGGCAGGAUCCAUCCAUGGGGCCCUCCAGGCUAUCCUAACCUUCCGUCUGCCCUACUGUGGGCCAAACCAGGUAGAUUACUUCUUCUGUGACAUCCCUGCAGUUUUGAGGCUAGCCUGUACUGAUACAACAGUCAACGAGCAGGUGACCUUUGUGGACAUUGGGGUGGUGGUUGCCACUUGUUUCUCCCUGAUCCUCCUCUCCUAUGUACAGAUCACUCAGGCCAUCCUGAGAAUCCGCACAACUGAUGGGCGGCGCCGAGCCUUUUCAACCUGUGGGGCCCACGUAACCGUGGUAACCGUGUACUAUGUGCCCUGUGCCUUCAUCUACCUGAGGCCUGAAACCAACAGCCCCCUGGAUGGGGCAGCUGCCUUAUUUCCCACAGCUAUCACUCCUUUCCUCAACCCCCUCAUCUACACUCUGCGGAACCAAGAGGUAAAGCUGGCCCUGAAGAGAAUGAUAGGAGGUCCUGGGACUAAGAGUGAGGUUUGA